GCCUAGGAAAACCUACUUCGUAAAUGGUUCUUGGUCCAUAUGUUAAGUAACUGAAUUUGUGUAAGUCUAAAAGUUCAAAGCAGUAACGAACCACAAAUAGGCUUUAAAAUUUUUUGAAUCCCAGUUCCUUUUCUUGAUCUCCUUAUUUAUUUCUGGUAACCACUUCUCAUUCAAGGCAUACUUAAGGAACUAGAAGAAUUCAGAGAGAUUUAAAGUAGGAAUAGCCUCAUUAUUGAGUGUUUAUAGACUAUUUUUUCUCUUUUGAUAGUGUUCAGGGGAAACCUAACUUUCUGGGGGAUGUGGGAUUUUUUUUUCCCCCUACGUAGUGCAUUCUUCUAACAUAUAUUUGGCAUUAACUCCCCCAGUUUUUUUUUUCCGGGGCACCCUAAACUACUAGUUUACAGUACUAAACGAAACCCACCGCCGUGCGAAACCGUUCAAGGUCACGCGAGCAGGUGCCUGGCCAGGGACCGGAAUGCGCACUGCCAGGCCCAUUUCGUUCUCCAAAGUCGGCCCUCGAUCUCUGCCCACCUUUGGGGGUCACCCAGCCUGACUGCGACCAGACCACCAGACCGGGAGACGCAGUCCGCCCCCCGCCCCGGUGGCCGCGCUCGGAACCGCGCCUCUGGAAGGUUCCUGAGUGACUGACGGGUGGCGGGGCUGAUGGCUCCGUGAAAGCUGGGGCGGAGCCGGCGGCGACCAGCGGCGGUGCUACGCCUCCCGGGGCCGCUCGGCCGCGCCCGCUGGCGGAAGCUGCGCUCUGCCUGACUAGAGACGCUCUGCUCAAGGGUCCCGGGCGGUGCCGCGGCCGCCUUCCGGGGCUCGCCGGCUGACUGGCCUCCCACCGCAGGACCAUGCAGCGCUUAGCGAUGCACCUGCGGAUGCUCUCCAGGGAGCUCUCCCUCUACCUGGAGCACCAAGUCCGAGUUGGGUUCUUCGGCUCGGGAGUAGGCUUAUCCCUGAUCCUGGGCUUCAGCGUCGCUUACGCCUGCUAUUACCUGAGCAGCAUUGCCAAGAAGCCCCAGUUAGUGACGGGGGGUGAGAGCUUCAGCCGCUUCCUCGAGAACCACUGUCCGGUGGUGACAGAAACGUACUACCCGACGGUCUGGUGCUGGGAGAGUCGAGGACAGACACUCCUGAGACCUUUCAUCACUUCUAAGCCCUCGGUGCAGUACAGGAAUGAACUUAUUAAAACUGCAGAUGGCGGACAAAUUUCACUGGACUGGUUUGAUAAUUGUAACAGCAAAUGUUAUAUGGAUGCCACCACCAGACCUACUAUCUUAUUGUUGCCUGGCCUCACUGGAACAAGCAAGGAAUCGUAUAUCCUUCAUAUGAUCCAUCUUAGUGAAGAAUUGGGAUACAGAUGUGUGGUUUUUAACAACAGAGGAGUGGCAGGGGAGAAUCUCUUGACACCAAGGACUUACUGUUGUGCUAACACGGAAGACCUGGAGACAGUUAUUCACCACGUGCACAGUCUGUACCCUUCUGCUCCUUUCCUGGCAGCAGGGGUGUCGAUGGGAGGGAAGAAGUUCAUCCAGGCGAAUGUUGCUAUUUGCCUUGGCAACUAUGGCUCUGUGGUGAAAAGGAUGCAAGUAUCUCCUUGGGAUCCUCAGGGUUGUGGGAGCCUGAAGGCUUGUUGACGUUGAUUUCCAUCACUUGGGAGCUGCCAUGUUGACCUUCAGCUUCCCUGAUGGUCUCCCAGCUGUCCCUGUAAGUGUGUCCUCCGGCAUCACACUGGAAGCUGACCUCGGAGACUGACUUUCAUCACUCCAGGCGUAGAAAUAAUCACUUCUUGCUCUCUCCGGCUGAAGAGGCCUUCAAAAUUUUUUUUCCUCCAGGUGGUGGUGUUUUUGUUUGUUUUGUUUUGUUGCUGGGCAGUUGGGCCUACCCUGGAAUGCUCUCCUAGAAACUCUGACGUUUUAUUGUUAACCCUUACUCCAGCUGCUCUUUUAAGCAUAUGAAUAUUUUUAUAAUUUGUGCUUCUUGCAGUUACACUGGGGCUUAGUUGGAACAUCUAUGCCAUAUUUAUUCAUUUCUACUAAUAAUCAUGUAUAUUUUUUAUGUUCCAGUGAUUAUGAACUUAAUAAAAUACAAAAUUUUGAUUAUCUGGAAUUUCAUAUGCUUAGAUUCCCUAAAUGCUUGUUCCAAAACUGACUUUUUAAAAUCAGCAAACAGGGUGCCUGGGUGGCUCAGUCGUUA